UUUGUUUGCAUAAGUGGAAGGUUGGUGUCACCAAAAUGGAAGAAUUUCAAAGGCCUCAAGCUGCUGUGGAGAGACAAGAUUCGCCUCAACAACGCUAUUUGGAGAGCCUGGUAUAUACAAUAUGUAGAGAAGAGGCAGAACCCUGUUUGCCAUUUUGUCACUCCUUUGGAUGGCAAUAUGGACUCAGGAGUACAUCGACCAACAGAGGCAAUAGCAACAGAAGGAAAGUACUGGAAAAGGAGAAUUGAAAUUGUCAUCAGAGAAUAUCAUAAAUGGAGAACAUAUUUCAAGAAAAGAUUACAGAAGCACAAAGAUGAAGACCUGUCCAGCCUUCUCAAGGGGGCAGAGGAACAGUUUUCACUCUUUGGGGAAGUGUGUCCAGACACCUGCCGUGUCCUCUUGUGCCAGGAUGAGGAUGUCAGUGUGGGAGGCCGUUGUAGAUCCCACAAGAGUUGUGAUUCACCUGUUCCAAUGGAGAUGGACUCGCUCUUCGACAUGGAUGUGCUCAUGUCUGAGUUCUCAGACACACUCUUUUCCACACUGGCCUCUCAUCAACCUGUAGCAUGGCCCAAUCCGAGGGAGAUUGCCCAUGCAGGUAAUGCAGAUAUGAUCCAGCCUGGCCUCAUCCCACUGCAACCCAAUCUGGACUUCAUGGACACUUUUGAGCCUCUGCAAGAUUUGUUUCACACCCUGCGCCAGCCAGCCUUCCCCUCCACUUCCCCCACUUCCCCAUCCGUCACUCCCUUAACCAGCAGCAGCUCCCAAACACAGGCUCCUUUGCUGUCAUCCAUGCCGCUCUCCACAGAGCUUCCCUCUGUGCCACUGGACUACCGCCUCAUCCCCUCUGCUCCUUUGCCCAGCCACCUCUCAGUCUCCAGCCAGGACAAUGGUAACGCUGUUGGCCCAUCCUACCCACAAACCUACAUGCCACUUUUCCCAGAGAAAGUGACCCCCUCUGUCCCAUCACUCCUGCCACCACCAGCUCCUCCUCUCCCACCAGCCCCACAAUCUCUCCAGUGUGGAGGUGUUUCUGCAGUUACUACAGUCCCCCAGCCCGUCCCAAGCAUCCCUCCUCCAUCCGUAAUAACGCACACUGCCCCUUCCACAGUAACUCCCACUGAUGCAGCCUCUAUCUUCAGUCACAGAACAAGCUUUGAGCUGCCCGCUCCACCAUCUCCACAGCCUGCAGCCUCAACCUCCACCUCACUCAACUCACAGCCAGUCAACUUUGCCUUGCCCAAAUCCAUUCUGCCCACUGUCUCUAGGAAAAAGGCCAGACAUCCACAGAGACCGAUUGUCCCGGCCAAUCCGCUGCCGCCAUCUCAACUCAUACUCACAGGUCCCACCAGUGCUGUCAUUGUCACUCCGUCCCCUCACAACUCUGAUGUUGUCCCCACCACUGGUAUGGUCAUUGCCUCCUCCAGUAUUCCUUGUGGUUCUGCUGGUUUUCAUAUUCUCCCUCAGACACAGAAGUCGCCGCAACUAAUCAUACCCAAAGAAGAAACUACCACCACUAUAUCCAACAAGACAUCAGUGCAGUCAGCAAGUACAGUACAUGAUGGUCGAGUCUCAGGUCAAGGUUCACCAUUGGGAGCAGAACAGGUACCAAGCCCCCAGUCACCUCUCAACCCCAGUGCAGGCAUGGGCAAAAAUGAAGCCAGUCAGAGCCGCAGAGUGAAUCACAUAUCUGCUGAGCAGAAGAGGCGAUUCACCAUAAAUGCCUGCUCCAAGACAUUGUGCAAUCUUGUGCCGACUCUCAGGUCUCAAUCAAAUAUUAGUAAUGCUGCAACACUUCAAAAAACAGUCGACUACAUUGGCAAACUGCAACUAGAGAGACAACAGAUGCAGGAAGAGACCAAGAGACUACGAGAGGAGAUUGAGGAGCUUAAUAUAUCUAUAAGCUUGUGCCAGGAACAGCUUCCUGAUACAGGGGUUCCCAUCACACGCCAUCGCUUUGACCACAUGAGGGAGAAGUUUGACGACUAUGUAAAGAACAGAACUCUUCAGAACUGGAAAUUCUGGAUAUUUAGCGUCAUUAUUCAGCCUCUGUUUGAGUCCUUUAAUGGGACAGUGUCUACCACCAACAACACAGAGCUGUGUGAAACCACCAUGCAGUGGCUGGAUCGAUACUGUGCCCUCCCAGUCCUUAGACCUAUGGUACUCAGGACAUUACGACAGCUCUGUACCAGCACCUCCAUCUUGACCGAUCCCUCACUUUUGCCUGAGGAAGCUAAAAAGGCUGCUCUCAACCCCAAAAAACAUUCCUCAGGAUCAUAGUUUUAAGUCGAUGUGAUUUUAGUUUUUAUUAGUUGAGGCAUGUUAGUCUUCAAGGAGCCUUGACAGCAACACUGUGGUGAAGUCUUUGCUAUGUUGUUACUCACUGAACUCAUUUAACUCCAAACGGGUGGAAAUGCAAUCUCUCUUGUUUACAUGCAGUCUCUAGAGAGCCAAACAGCUGGCAUGUCUUUGUGUUUUUUAGACUUCAUUAGGCUUGUGGAUUUUACCACUCGGUGUGUUUUUUCGUGUAUUUGGGUCUUCCAUAUUAGUGCCCUUAUAUUGAAUAUUUACUGGAGCCUCACCCUCAGUUCAUCC